AUGCCCGACAACCUCUCGCAAAGGGGAAACCCUUCCCAAACCGACCAAAACUACCCCACACAACAACAACAACAACAACAACAACAACAACCAAACCCUGAAACAAGCCGCGGCCUCGCAGCCCUCCUCCUAACAAAAUGCAACACUAUCCUCACCGAAAUCUCCACCUUCCAAUCCCUCCUCUCGCAGAAACUUCGCAACCCCCAACUCAUCGAAAUCCGCUCCCUCCGCUCAAGCAUCGUCUCCGAACUGCGGACAGUAGAAAAACUAAGCGAUAAGAUAGAAGCUGCGUUCGCUGCUGCUGAACAAAAGGGCGAUGCAGGAGAUGAUGUUGAGGCGCGGUAUAUUCAUGCGCUGAGGUCGUCGAAUCUGCCGUUUUAUGAGGCUGUUUGGGGGAUUGCGAAAGGGUCUUGUGGGGGGUUGGCAGGGUUUGGGAAGAGAUUUUAUUGGGGGGAUGGUGUGGGUGAUGGAGAGGAUGGGAAGAAGCUGCCGAAUAAGGAUAAGCGGAAGAGUGUUUUGGUUGACAUUGUGGCUGAUGAUGGGGAGGAAUGGGUGAAGGUGUCGACUAUCUCAGAGAGCCGGUUGCUCUUCGAGAUGGCUGAGAAAGGAUGGGAGAAGGAGUCGGAGCCCGGGUCUGACGACGAGGACGAAGGCAAAGGCAGGACUGUCCUACGGAACUACGAAAUUGAGAACGAGGACGACGAUGAUGAGGUCGGAUUGAUCAAGUUGGCUAUGGACAUGCGGAGAGCCGCCAAUGCUACGCGGGUGAGGUAUAGACGCCCUCAGAUUCGUUUUGUGCUGCCACGGAUUGAGGAACAGAAGAGUUCUGAUAUUGAUGAUCUUAUCGAUACGAUCCGGGGCUAUGGUAUUACUGUUGAAUGCGGCGGAAGAUACACGGAAGUGCUUGAUUCACAGACAGCGGAGAAUUCGCUGAGCCAUCUCCUCCCUAGCCAUUUCAUCCGGUUCACCCCUUCGCUCAAUGUGGACUGCACGUUGCUUCUUGCUAUGGUAUCAGACUUGUCACAUUACAAGUCUGUACACCCUUCGCCUGAAUACCAUACUGCCAUUAACAGGCAGAUCGAGAUUGAAAGGGAGCAUCCUCUACUGCCUGUAGAGAUCUGGCCGGCGACAGUUGACCGGGAAAUGCUAUGCACAGACGAGGCAGGGAAACGGAUGCGAGAGAUUGUCGAUACCAUCGGUACAGAUACCGAAAAGAAGCGGACAGAUAUAUUGAUGGGUGUUUCUCCUUUCGAUAGUUUGGAUCCAGAUACUCUCGUCCAGAAAUUUCAGGAACUAUCCGACUAUGAGGUCCCGGCACAAUGGAGACUCCCGGUAAAGACCGUCGAAGCAAGACCCGUGAUCGACUCGGGACGAAAACAAGCGAGAUUCCCUCCCAUAGUUGACAAUGUGGCCGAAAUGCUGUCUGAUAUCAACUAUAGUGUGUUCUUGUAUGGAUGGGUUACUGGAUUAGUGACCAUAUCUAGCAAUCGUACUGUGGUCAGGCAGAUAGAGACCACGGUGGAGAAUCAUAGAAACGGUGAUGAAGACUUGGUAGGACCCACGGUCUGGGUUUGUGACACACCCAGAAGUUUGAUUGGCAAAGAAAAGGACCGGAGAGAAUAG